AUGGCAAAUACUAAUAAGGAUUAUGCAAAGUUAAAAGAAGUCAGUGACCUUUUCACUGAGGAAACAUUGAAAGAUAUACUAUAUAAAGUGCAUAAUGGAAAAGAGAUAAAUGUGUUAAGAUGGGAUUUUGCUCAAAUGAAUGCUACAGGUGAUAAUUACUUAUCAACUGUUUACAAGAUUAAAGUUACUGGAACUGUUGAUGGACAAGAAGUGCAUGUCAAUUUGGUAGUUAAAGCUAUGCCAAAGAACAUAGGUAGAAGAAACACUUUUAGAAGUGCAGAAUUCUUUCACAAUGAAAUAGAAUUUUAUACAAAGGUGAUUUCAAAAUUUGAGGAAUUUGUAAAAGAAAAAGGUCAAAUGCAAGUAUUAUGCAUCCCAAGACAUCUUGCUUCUGUUACGGAUGGUGAAAAUGAUUAUAUAGCAAUGGAAGAUGUUACAUUUUUAGGAUAUAAGCCUAUAAGUAGACAAAAUUUCAUAGAUGAAGAUCAAUGUAAGACAAUCUUAAAAGCUAUAGCAAGAUUUCAUGCAAUCUCUUUUGCAUAUAAGGAUCAAAAGAAAGAAGAGUUUAUGGAAAUGGUAGGAAAUUUGCAUGAAACAUAUUAUACUCUAGAACACUGGAACUGGUACAAAAGAUUUUUGGAAAACAUAGUAAAUAUUAAUAAAAAUGCUUUAGCUCUAGAAUGUAAGAAUGCUGUUGAAUUCUGUGAUUGUAAAUAUCAACUAACAUCUGUUGUUACUCAAGGUGAUUGUUGGUUACCAAAUUUUUUAGCUAAGGAGACAAAAGAAAAUGAAGCUGUGAUGCUUGAUUUCCAAUUAGCAAGAUGUUCCAGUCCAAUCUUAGAUUUAGCAACUUUCGUUUAUGCUUGUACAGAUAAAACUAUGUGGGAUACACAAUUUGAUAUGUUAUUAAAAUUUUACUAUGAUGAACUGAGCAAAACCAUUACUUUGCUUGGAUCUAAUCCUGAAAAUGUAUAUUCCUGGAAUACAUUUAUGAAUGAGGUAAAGGAGAAAUUUGUAUUUGGUAUGAUAUUUACAAUGGAAAUAACUCCAAUGUGUCUACUGGAUGAUUCUGAUGCAUUUGAUUUAGACCUUAUAAAAGGCGAUAAAGCAGUAGAUAUAAGUGAUGUAUGGACAUUGUUAAAUGUUAAAUCACAAAGUGGAAGACUCAGAUUAACCAAUAUCAUUGAACAUGCUGUCCAAAAAGGAUUUUUUAAAUGA